AUGGCAAGGCGAACUGCAAUCCGUCAAUCGAUCGUUGCACAUGGUGAUGCUUACGCUCGUAUAGCAGUAGCCGAGCUGGACUUUACUGCUAUCCAAACUGCAUUUGACCAGGGACGAACGGCCUAUGCAUCACUAAACUACAGUCAAGCAGUUGAAUCAUACACACAAGCUUUGGAUGCACUGUAUACCAAUCUUACCUCCAUUCUACUGCAUCGUGCAGCAGCCUAUGAAAUGCAGCACAUUUACGAGCGCGUACUUGACGACUGCGACCGUGCCGAUGGCUACCAGAGUCGCAGCAGUAGCAGUGGCACACCAGACGUAUAUUUCUUCAGAGCUAAUGCACACGUCUUGCAAGGCGAUCUGAAACAAGGAGCGCUGGUGUACAGAAAAGGAUUCGAAACAUUUCCUGCAUGUACUGAGCUUGGUAAAAAGUUCAACCAAUUGAUGGCGGAAAUGGAAACGCGUAACAAGUGGUUGACAUUCGUUUUGCCGUACGAAAUAAUUGCCAAGAUCUUGUCUAUGCUGACCAUGAAGGAGCGUAUCCGGUUCGCGUCUACUUGCCGCUUUUGGAAUGAAUUUAUAAUGCGAGAAUGGCAUGGAAUGUGGCAGACUAUCGAUACGACCAAGCGAGACAAUAUGCCUCGAUGCUCUUCAACCAUACCGUCAUUUAUACGAGCGAUCCAGCCCCAACAAGUCAGAAACCUGGUGCUUGAUAUGAACGACAGCCUUGACGAGGUAGAGGAGUAUGAAAGCGAGGAAGACAAGGAGGUAACAGUUUACUACCGAUCCAAACUUAUACUUGAAGCGAUGUUGCAAGGGAGAUGGAGCAAAUUGGAGUCAUUGGUUGCUCAAAAGCUCUACGUCUUGCUGAAGACCAUUGUCCCCAUCUUCGCAAGCUCUGCUACGACCCACCGGCGACUUAUUCACAACGACCACAAACUACAUCAACUGAUAGACUUCAAGUCUUGA